GGAGAGCGAGCUGCAGCUUCCCAGUUCCCACAGCUCAAUAAUUCCAGCUUUCCAUAAUUACUAGCCUUUGCUGAAGGGUGAAUUUGCCUCCAUGGAUACAGCCCAGUGGCCACAGGAGAUAGUGGUGAAGCCAUUAGAAGAGAUAGUAGUUGGUGCUACUCCUCAAAAGCCUGGAGGAGGGUUAACACCAACUUCAUCAGAAGGAGGAGGAGGAGGAGGUGGAAGCUUGGAGAGGAAAGCAAGGCCACAAAAGGAGCAAGCUUUGAACUGCCCAAGGUGCAACUCAACCAACACCAAGUUCUGCUACUACAACAACUACAGCCUCACACAGCCCAGGUACUUCUGCAAGACCUGCAGAAGGUACUGGACUGAAGGCGGAUCCCUCAGAAACAUCCCCGUCGGAGGCGGCUCCAGGAAGAACAAGAGACCUUCUUCUUCACUUUCCCCGUCACCAGCCAACACUUCUUCAAAGAAACUCCCUGGUUUGAUUUCCACUCCCGCUGCUGCCCUGACUCCCAAUUCCUCUGCUGGUAAUGGUAUUGCAACUACAGCAGGUUCCCAAAACCCUAAUGUUAGUAACAAGAUGAUUCAUCAGGAGGGUCAAGAUCUGAACUUGGCCUUCCCACGGAGCUUCACGGAAUUGAUUCAUCAGAAUGGGAAUCAUCACCAUCAUGAUGGUGAGAACAAGAGCCAGAUUUCAGCUAUGGAGCUGCUGACUGGAAUCUCACCAGCCAGGGGAGGAAUAUUGAACAAUCCUAGCUUCAUGCAUAUGCCACCACCACCACAAUCGUCGCUUGUUCACCAUCAUCAUCAGGCUGCAGCUGAUCAUGGUGGUGGGGGUUAUAAUACAUCUGGGUUGAGUUUCCCGGUGCUGCAACAUCAGGAUUUCAAGCCUAACGGCUUGAGUUUCUCACUGGAUGGGAUUGGGCUUGGGAUCAGCAGUGAUAAUAAUGAGAGUGGUGAUGGUUAUCAUCAUCAUAAUCAUGAAGGUGGUGGUGGUGGUGGAGGGAGGCCCAUGUUUUCGUUUGAAGAUCUGAAGCAAGUGCCGAGCAGCAACACUACCACGAACGAUAGUAAUGGGGAGAUGGUGAGUAAUGGUGAUGGUAAAGAUCAGCAUGCAGAUUCGAGUGGGUACUGGACUGGGAUGUUAGGGGGUGGAUCAUGGUAACUUUUAUUACUUAAUCAGAGCCCGGGAUUUACAAGACAAAGUAUAAAGAGUUAAUCAUCGUUGAUGAGUUGAGUCCUUUUCUUACCCUUUACUUUACUUUGCCUUUCUAGUUUUUCUUUAUGAACAGGGAGGAAAGGGAGAGAGAUUCCCCACUUUCUGUGUAUUGAAAUUUCUUGCUUUGAGGUGGGUGGGUGGUGGUGAUGAUGACUUUGGUUGGGAAUUCCUUCAUUGUUCUUAUAUUAUUACUAACAGAAGAUAGGAGGACAUGGCGGGAUAAUAUAAUAUACAAUUGGGGGGUUUUUAUUUUUCCUUUUGCUUUUCUCUAGCAUAUGAUGAUGAUCUGGAUCAGUUUGAGUUUGGAUUGGCCCUUGAUUGAUCCCAAGUUUGAGGCUUUUUUUUGUAAUUUAUGGGGAGUCUCUUACUUCCUAUGUAGCUAACUAGCUAUCUAAUGGUGAUGAUGAGGCUUUGAAGUUUUUAGGAAUUAGCUUCAUUCUAAAGGAUCAUCAUAUAGAAGAAGGAAGAAGAUGAUGGAUGGAGCAGAAGUUAUAUCAAUCUAAAUUCAUGCUCAUGGUAAUGAAGGGUCGGCUUUCGGUUUGGUCGUGUCAGAAGAGCUCGUGAACUACCACUGGAAAAGAAGCUUGAAGCUUAGAGAGAGAGAGAGAGAGAGUAAUAUAGUGUAUGCAAGGAACAAAAAGCUGGUAAUGCAUGGGUGGGUUGGAGCAGAAGGGUUAAUCAAUGGAGGAAAAUAACAAUUAUGAUAAUUAUGAUAAUGUAAAGAUGCCAUGUGGGGGGAUUUGUCAGACAUUAAUUAAUUAGUGUGAGUUGUUUUAAGUAUGGGUUGCCAUAGAAUUGUAAGAUUGCUACAUAUAAUUAUACUAAUCCUGGAAUUUCUGGGUUCAAAUCGGGCUGCUGCUGCUGCUGGGAAAUUUCA